AUGUUACUUUCCGAGAAGAUCACAUUACCAUGUGGGUUGACCCUACCAAAUCGUCUUUGCAAGGGUGCAAUGGCUGAAGCUAUGUCGACAACUCAUGUUCCUGAUGAAUCAUUUUUGAAGGCAUAUGGCACUUGGGCUGACGGUGGAUGGGGAAUGGUAAUGACAGGAAACAUUCAAGUGUCUUCCAAAUACCUCGGAGGCCACAAAGACGUAGUUAGCACUCCCAGACCCACAGAAGAGACCAAAGCCAUGUGGAAGUCCUGGGCGGCAACCUCCCAACGCUCUGGAACACCCACCAUAGUCCAAAUUUGUCAUGCCGGUAGACAAUCACCCCUUGGGGCUGGUGACCGCAGCCUCUUCUCAAAAACUGUUGCUCCUUCCGCCGUGGCAAUAAAUUUUGGAAGUAGUUUCAUCGAACGGACCGUUGCUGCGUUAAUGUUCGGCACACCACGUGAAUUGACGAUUGAUGAGAUUUCUGGACCGGGUGGCAUCAUUGAUGAGUUUGUAUUGGCUGCAAAGCAAAGUUUCGAGGCGGGAUUCAAGGGUGUUGAACUCCAUGGCGCACACGGCUACUUGCUAGCACAAUUCCUGUCUCCUAAGUCCAAUCUCCGAACCGAUGAGUUUGGCGGCACAGCCAGAAAGAGAGCUGAGGUCGUAGUCAGAAUCAUCAAUGAAGUCAGAAAGCAAACGAGUAAGGAGUUCUGCAUUGGUAUCAAGGUGAACAGUGUGGAUGCUGCUUCCAACGAGUCAUUGGAAGAUAGUAUGGAGCAAAUCAGGUGUAUAGUAGAAGCCGGAGUCGACUUCAUCGAGAUUUCUGGAGGAAGCUACGAGAAUCCUCGUAUGAUGGGUGAACCCUCUUCAGCCCCUACGACUUCUUCUCGCGAAAGUUUCUUCCUCGAAUUCGCCCAAACAGUACGCAAACAAUUUCCUUCUGUCCUCCUGAUGGUCACAGGAGGUUUCCGCACAAGAGUCGGUAUGGAGGAGGCUUUGAAGUCGGGAGGAUGUGAUCUCAUUGGCAUUGCCAGACCCGCUGCCGUUAUUCCCAAAUUGCCAAACGAGAUUAUCCUCAAUAAAGACAUACCUGACGAGGAAGCAAACAUCACUCUUAAACCACUCUCCCCACCAUUUUUGGUUCGCCACAUGCCUGUAAAACAGGUCGGGGCUGGUUACCAGAGCAUGUAUUAUUCGUCACAAAUUCAGAGAAUGGCUCAGGGAAUGGCGCCUGUCAAUACAAAGGUAUAG